CAAAGGUUGCAAAGGUUGAGAGCAUCAUUCUCUUGGCCACCUAAUAUUAAUCCAAAAUAUGCUCAGCAUCUCCGGAAUAUAAUGUUGAAAUACCCUAAUGUAUUAAGUGAAAUAUGGUUUCAUAAAAAACCUCAUAAUAAG